AUGGCCAACUCCCGCUUUGGCUACGUUCGUGAAGCUGAACUAGAUGAUCGAUUACUUCCAAAUACAUUUUUGGUGAUUCGAUUGGAUGGGAAGGGAUUCACUAAAUUUUCUCAGGCUCAUGGAUUCAAAAAACCAAACGAUAUCAAAGCCUUAAAUCUAAUGAAUGCAGCAGCAAUCCAAGUACUCGAGUCAGACCUUGGGAGAGGAUAUUCCAGCUCCAAAUCGGAAAAGAAAUCGAAGAAAACCAUCCAGAAAUCGUCUACCGGCAUGAUCCUCGCCUACGGACAAAGCGAUGAAUUCAGUUUUGCAUUUGGAAGAAACUGUCAAGCUUAUAAUCGAAGAUCCAGCAAGCUUUUGACGACUGUUUUAUCCACUUUCACGGCCGCAUACAUCCAUCUAUGGUCAGAGUAUUUUCCUGAAAGUCCGCUUUCGAUCGAUAAUUUACCGACCUUUGAUGGAAGCCGGAUUAACAAUCAUUCUUUCUGA